AUGGAAACUGAAAUAUAUCAUCAGUUUAUUAUCCAAUAUAUUAUGUAUAGUGAUUUAUAUUUAGAAAUUCCAUUUAAUUAUUUUGUUUAUGAGAGACCAAAAAAAUGUUGUAUGAAAGUAAAUUAUCCAUGCCCAUUAAAUCAUUGUUCUGGUACCUUAUUAUCACCUCAUAUACCAACACAUUCAAUAAAUUUCAAGGGUCUUGAACCAUCAAAAAUUGUUAUAAUUCCAGAAUCUUUAAAAGAAGUAUCUGAUACAUCUUUACAAGUAAAGGAAUGUGAGAAUUGUGGUGUAACUUUAUCUAAUAAUUUGACUUAUAAUAAAUAUAUUAAAUCUAAUUCAUUUAUUGAAGGAAAUAAAUAUAAAGAAACUAAAACAAAUAAAAAUCACAACUUAGAUGUCCCCCUAAUAAAAAAAAAAAAAAAACUUACAAAAAAAACUAUAUAUUUAUUAAAUAAUAAUUUAAAUAUUUGA